UGAAGCCCCUUGUCUAAGCGCCCGAUGCGCCCAACUAUAGUUACCGGCGCCCCGGUGCCAUGGUCAUGGGCAUGAACAUGGACAUGGGGAGGAUGUCGAUCCUGUAGCAAUCAGACCAAAGGCUUCUUCUCAAAAGUACGCUAUUACCCACGAGACUCAUGUUUGUGUGAGUUGGCUGUUGUUAAAAAUUGGUUGUUAUUGGACAAGUUCACCAAGGCAUCCCACUCUCCUAAGCCUUGCGUGGAGGUAUUCUGUUAUUGUUUUACCCUGUUAACCCAGUUGGCGCGUGAAUCUCCCCAGACUGACCCUAACGAAUAGAUUGGGUGAAAAGAUGGAUACGUUCCUCUGGGCGGAAGGGCUUCUGACGGAUAAGCUUCUCCCGAGUUGUGACUCGUUUCACUACUUCGCAUAUCUCCCGGCGGAAAUCCGGCAUGAGAUUUGGAGCCGAGCUCUACCUCAUAGGAUCCUCCGUUUCACCACUAUCCGCGAGAUCAGUGCUCCUGCUUAUAAUCACUUGUUGAGUGCACCACCCGUCGCCCAUGUGUGCAAGGAUGCCCGCCGAGUUGCGUUGCGGACUGGGGCUUGGCGGCACAUUACCAGUCCGAAAGUUUCGACGGGUAAUCUGGUACGGGAAGCACUGGAGAUUGAGGUCCCAGGCGGGAAGAUGCGCACCGGUCAACAGCGAUGUACGUAUACAUGGUUUGACACGGCGCGGGACGCUUUGUUCUUGGAUAAACACAACCUUUUAGCCCAAGCCCAAGAACUGAGAGAGCUAGCGGAGACCGUGAUUUACGCAGGUUUUAGAUGCGAUGAGAUGUCAAUAUUCCAUAUGGACACGUUCAUCAAUAAGCACCAAUGGCCACGUUUGAGAUCUAUUGAGGUGACUUUGAAUGCUGCGCCCGAGGUCAAGUCCUCAUAUAUGCAGCAAUCUGUAUAUAUCAUCCGACCUGUUGAUGUACCAGGCCUGUUGCAAUCACUGUCGGUGUUUCCUUAUUGGGGUGCAGACCUUCAAAGUCUCGAUGAGGAGGUCUCGCUUCAAUACUUCCUGGCCUACACCCAACCGUCGUUUGGUCAGCAUCCAGGCACGGAAGUCCCGGCGUCUGCGAUCAAGGGACUGCACUACACAGCUGACGGUUUUGCGUGUAAGUGCAGGAUGAGGAGCUGGAGGAAGUUCAAGAGCGAUGUUAGGUUCAUGUGGUUGUGGUUCCAGAAUUGUUCAGAAAUUCUGAGUCAAGUGCAUGAGGGCGAAGAGUUGAUGACAGUUCCAUUCAAGGAAUUGAAGAAUCUUGGGUGGACAGAAAAGUUCAACUAUGGGCACUCAUGGAUCCGGAUGCAUAUGGAGAAAAUGCAUGAUACCAGACCCAUGUUGCGUCCUGUCCUCCAAUGGACAGGGGCGGUCAUCGAUGGAGUCUGAUGAGAACGGAAGCGGAGUGAAAACGUCCUACAACUAAAUUGCGGGAUGAUUGCAGCCACCUCGGAUUA